GUAUAUUUAUAUAAGUGAGCAGCGGUAUUUUUCAAAGCUGCGGUCACACUGCAUACACGGCUUAUUUUGUUGCUCGGGCGAAAAAGUUUGAUUAAUUUUAGUUUUUACACACAAAACCUCUACAAUGGGCACCAAAAGACCCAACAACAGCGUGGCUUUGGCCCAGGAGUCAAAGCGGAGCAAAAGCGACCUGGUGGCCUACACAAAUCGGGAUAAAGCGCUCCUGGAAUCGGGCGUCAGGCGUACCUCGAACCUGCAGGCGCCCAUAAUGCAGCUGGAAGGACACGAAGGGGAGAUUUUCACAGCGGAAUUCCAUCCUGAGGGAGAGUUGCUGCUUUCCUCCGGGUACGACAGGCAGAUAUACAUCUGGCAGGUGUACGAUGACUGCGAGAACGUGAUGGCCAUGUCGGGGCACAGUGGCGCCGUGAUGGAGGCCCACUUUACGCAGGAUGGCUCGCACAUCUUUACCUGCUCAACGGACAAAACCCUGUGUCUGUGGGACAUAGUCACGGGGCAGCGGCAGCGGCGGUUCAAGGGUCAUGGUAACUUUGUGAACAGCGUGCAGGGAUCGCGACGGGGUCAGCAGCUUCUCUGCUCGGGGAGCGACGACCGCACCAUUAAGAUCUGGGAUGCCAGGAAGAAGCACGCCGCACACUCCUUGGAAUCACCGUUCCAAGUGACCGCGGUUUGCUUUGGCGACACCGGCGAACAAGUGAUCAGCGGCGGGAUCGACAACGAAGUGAAGAUCUGGGAUAUUCGAAAACAGGCUGUCUUGCAUCACCUGCGAGGGCAUUCUGACACGAUUACCGGCAUGUCGCUGUCCCCCGAGGGAGACUUUGUGCUGACAAAUGCCAUGGACAACACCUUGAGGGUCUGGGACGUGAGACCCUAUGCGCCGGGCGAAAGAUGUGUGAAGGUCUUCCAGGGCCAUCAGCACAACUUUGAGAAGAAUCUGCUGCGUUGUGCUUGGUCGCCGGGUAGCGACAAAAUAUCCUCGGGCUCCGCCGACCGACAUGUCUACAUUUGGGACGUUAAUACGAGGCGAAUCCUCUACAAACUGCCCGGACACAAUGGCAGUGUCAAUGCCGUGGACUUUAGCCCCAAGGAGCCGCUCAUUCUCUCUGGAUCCAGUGAUAAGACCUUGUAUCUGGGAGAGAUUGAUGAAUGACCGGUGUUUAAUCCAAAGAGCGAGAGGAUUGCUGCUCUCGGGGACACUUCUUUAAGUCGCAGGUAACUUUUUAUUGAGAUCGGAU